UCUCUCUCUACUUAACUUUCCAACCUUUCGCUCUCCUGAAGACCGGAGAAGAUCGCGCCCAAUCCGUUUCCAUCCGCAUUCGUGCCGAACGGUGAUCGGAGAUCCCGCCCCGAUCGAAGGCGAAGCAAGCGCUCUCUCUCCCUCCCCCAUGGCGGCGCCAGCGUCGGAGAAGCAGGUGAUGGUGGUCGGAGUCGACGAGAGCGACUGCGGCGUCCACGCGCUCGAGUGGACGGUCGACCACUUCCUCGCCCCCUCCAUGCCCCACCCCCCGUUCAAGCUCGUCGUCGUCCACGCCAAGCCCUCCGCCUCCUCCGCCGUCGGCCUCGUCGGACCCGGAGCUGCUGAAGUGUUUCCGAUCGUGGACGCCGAUCUGAAAAAAAGAGCCGCGAGGGUUGUGGAGAAAGCCAAGGAUCUUUGCGCGAGUAAAUCGGUUCAUGAUGUGACCUUUGAAGUGGUGGAAGGGGAUCCGAGGAAUGUUCUUUGCGAUGCUGUUGAAAAACAUCAUGCCUCGAUCCUGGUAGUUGGAAGCCAUGGCUAUGGCGCCAUAAAAAGGGCUGUCUUAGGUAGCGUGAGCGACUACUGUGCUCACCAUGCUCAUUGCACCGUGAUGAUCGUGAAGAAGCCCAAGGCUAAACACUGAGUUCCAGUUUUCUUCUUCUGCAGUAUCUGUAAAUGGAGUGUUUGCGUGCUGUCAUAUUGUGCACAUUGAUAUCUAGUUCUGAAUUCCGCAUGUCCAUUGGUAUUUCGGGUUAAAUUUCGUGUGUUUAAAUGCCAUUAGAUUUGUAAUAAAUUUGUAAGGUGAAAUGCCACUAUGGAAGUGCAGUUUGGAGAAUUUGUGUACUUAAUUAUGCACACGACAUGUUGGUUCGA